AUGGCCACACUGGCCUCGGCGAACCACGAGAUUCGCAUUCACAACAACUGCAAACACCGCAUCUGGCCGGGUCUGCUGAACAACCCGGGCAAGGCACUGCCUGAUGCGGGUGGAUUUCCCUUGGAUGCCGGACACACCCACGUCAUUCACGUCAGCGAUGGCUGGGCCGGUCGAGUCUGGGCACGAACUGGCUGCAAUGGCGCUGGCCACUGUGAGACGGGAGACUGCGGCAACAAAAUCCAAUGCCACGGAGCAGGCGGCCGACCUNCUUCCGCAAGGUGGGCAACUCCCACUACGACUGCAAUGCUGCCGAAGGGCGCCGGCGGACACACCGUUGGAUGCAAAUCAGCAUGCCUUGCCUUCAACACCGACGAGUACUGCUGCCGAGGAGCCCACAACAAGCCCGAGACGUGCAAGUCCCGAAACUGGAAGGUCAACUACCCGGCCAUCUUCAAGAAGUCAUGCCCGGAUGCCUACUCCUACGCCUACGAUGAUCACAGCUCUACCUUUACCUGCCACAGCAAUGGCGCCCAUAAGACGGGCUACAUUGUCAAGUUUUGCUAA